AUGAUGGCCGUGGUGGUCUGGGAAUGGCUGAACGAGCACGGCCGGUGGCGUCCCUACAGCCCGGCCGUGAGCCACCACAUCGAGGCGGUGGUCCGCGCCGGCCCCCGCGCCGGGGGCAGCGUGGUGCUGGGCCAGGUGGACAGCCGUCUCGCGCCCUACAUCAUCGACCUGCAGUCCAUGAACCAGUUUCGCCAAGAUACGGGGACCCUCCGCCCGGUUCGUCGCAACUACUAUGACCCGUCCUCUGCCCCCGGCAAGGGCGUGGUGUGGGAGUGGGAAAACGACAGCGGUUCCUGGACGCCCUACGACAUGGAAGUGGGCAUCACCAUCCAGCACGCCUACGAGAAGCAGCACCCCUGGGUCGACCUCACUUCCAUCGGCUUCAGCUAUGUCAUCGACUUCAGCACCAUGGGCCAAAUCAACCGGCAGACCCAGCGCCAGCGCCGCGUGCGCCGGCGCCUGGACCUCGUCUACCCCAUGGUCACGGGCGCCCUGCCUCGGGCUCCGUCCUGGCCGGUCAGCCCUGGCUCGGCCGCCUCGCCCCCUGCGCCCCCUUGCUCCUGCCCACAGUGUGUCCUGGUGAUGAGUGUUAAGGCGGCCGUGGUCAACGGCAGCCCCGGGCCCCUGCAGCCCCCAGCCACGCGCAAGAACGCGCCCCCCUCUGCAGGGGUCAAGCUGCCCCCCGCCCCAGGCCCGGGGGCCAAGCCUCAGGACAGCACGCGCACCGGUCGAGGCUCAGUGAAGACCGCCCCGUCGCAGGGGAUCCGACGACAAGCCUCUAGCACGCCGGCUGGGGCAACUGCGGGCUCCCCUGCCAGCCCCCCAGCAGCCAAUGGCAAGACCGGUAGAAUGGCCCUGGCCACCUUGAAUCGUACCAACCUGCAGCGACUGGCCAUCGCCCAGUCCCGGGUGCUGAUCGCCUCCGGGGUCCCCACCGUCCCAGUGAAGAACUUAAAUGGGUCUAGUCCUGUCAAUCCUGCCUUGGCAGGAAUCACCGGGAUCCUGAUGAGUGCAGCAGGGCUGCCGGUGUGUCUCACCAGGCCACCAAAGCUGGUCCUACACCCGCCCCCCGUCAGCAAGAGCGAAAUAAAAUCCAUCCCAGGGGUUUCCAACACAAGCCGCAAGACCACCAAAAAACAAGCCAAGAAAGGCAAAACCCCAGAGGAGGUGCUGAAGAAGUAUCUGCAGAAAGUCCGGCACCCACCAGACGAGGACUGCACCAUCUGUAUGGAGCGCCUCACGGCCCCCUCUGGCUACAAGGGCUCACAGCCAACGGUGAAGCCGGACGUGGUGGGAAAGCUGUCUAGGUGUGGCCACAUCUACCACAUCUACUGCCUGGUUGCCAUGUACAACAACGGGAACAAGGAUGGGAGUUUGCAGUGUCCAACUUGCAAGACCAUUUAUGGGGUGAAGACAGGCACGCAGCCUCCAGGGAAGAUGGAGUACCAUCUCAUCCCUCACUCCUUGCCUGGCCACCCAGACUGCAAAACCAUCCGGAUCAUCUAUAGCAUCCCCCCUGGCAUUCAGGGACCAGAACAUCCAAAUCCUGGGAAGAGUUUCAGCGCCCGCGGCUUCCCACGACACUGUUACCUUCCGGACAGCGAGAAGGGGAGAAAAGUUCUGAAGCUGCUGCUUGUGGCCUGGGACCGUCGCCUCAUCUUUGCCAUUGGUACCUCCAGCACCACGGGCGAGUCAGAUACUGUCAUCUGGAAUGAGGUCCACCACAAGACAGAGUUUGGCUCUAAUCUCACUGGCCAUGGCUACCCAGAUGCCAAUUACCUGGAUAACGUGCUGGCUGAACUGGCUGCCCAGGGCAUCUCAGAGGACAGCACUGCCCAGGAGAAGGACUGAGGCGGGAGGGGCUCUGAGUUGGGAGGUGCCAUGGGGACUGCAGGGCAGGAAGUGGGAGAGUCAAGGUGGAAGUUGGUGCAGUGCCCUCACGACUCGACUCUGUCAUCUCCCCUCCUGUCCUGUCUCCAUCCCCCAUUCCUCCCAGCCACAGAGGAGAGCUAGACUGAAUAAGGUGACCUCAUUCAUAAACCUCAUCUGACACAAAGGGGACAUGGGAUGAAGGCCAUCCUCGGUCUGUUCCCAUGGAGUUUCGGUGCUGGGUAGGCAGGAUCCCCCUCCCCCUGCUCACCCCCGAGUAGGGCAUGGUCAGCACACUUGGGGUAUGGACAGUGCAUGGGCACUCCAUACCCUUGGCCUUGUGAAGCCUGAGGUUCCUUGCCUCCACUGGCUUCUUGCUGCUUCCACUCUGCUUUGAGAGCAGAGUUUCUGCUUUUCUCUCCUCCACUGGAGGCAGGGAGCUGUCACUGUGCAAGAUUGGGGGGCAAAGGGGUGAACCGCUAAACUGCUGUGACAUCAGAAAUCGGAUGCUUCAUUGCAGGGUGAGGAAGCACUUCUGGCUGAGAGAGUCAGAGAAGCAAAAGUCCCUGGGAGCAUGUUCAGGUCUCAUCAUAGUCCUUGGCUUCUCUGGACCCUCCUUUCCUCCUCACACCUUUGACCUGUCCAAAGAGGCAUCUGGUUCUCUUGUGUGGGUGGAUGGACUCUGGGAUUCCUCUCUGGGGUGGCAUCCCAUGAUGCUGUUUCCAAGCCCCUCUCUGAUCAGCCCAGAGCCUGCAUCCCAUGAGCAUCUCAAUGUCCUCAGGGAGAGGAGCCUGUAGCCUCCCCAGUCAUCCCAGACCAGCUCAAAGAUUCCAUGAGUUUCAUCAAGUCACUGUGAGAAGAGCCCACACUGGGUUCUGUGCCAUCUGUGUAUGUGUGUGUGUUUCGGGGGGUGGGGGACGUGUGCACAUCACUGGCCAGGUUGGUGGAGAGUCCCAUGAUGUCCCUGCACUCUGUUCCACAAGAUGACCGACAGGGAUCAAACAGCCAGGCUGUGGUCCCUCGACUUUCCUCACCCUUUGCCAACCCACCCCAUAGUAAACUUAACCCCUGAUGGAGACAGCUGUGCUUGGGGAGAGGUGAGCAAGUGAGGGCUGGGCUGGUCCCUUUUUAUAUUUCUUUUCAAGAUUGAAUCAGAGCCGAUCUCAUAUGAGGGCUUCAAUCCAUCUCCCUGCACAUUUGCUGAUCAGAGCCCAGAGGAGGUGCUGGGCCCCUCACCUAGUGCAGGUCGACUCAGAGCAUGCAGGGAGCCUCCUCACCUCAUUCCUGACAGGGCUGGGACUGCAUUAUGAUCUGGUCCAACCUGCAUCUGCAUCAUGUCCCAAGACCUUGUCCGUCUCCUCCCCAACAUUCCUCUUGCCUUUGGCUCCCAUUGAGGAAUGGAUUGGGGGUCAGGGAGGAGAGAUGGGGGGCAUCAGGAAUGGAAACCUAAUUCUCCCCUUUGAAAGUGGGUUCUUUGAACUAUGUGUUUGGGGGAAGUUCCUCUAGAUACUAAUUUGAAUUUAUAUACCUCAUGUUUUGGGGGUUUGAUGUGUGUGUAUAUAUAUAUAUAUAUAUGCAUAUAUAUUUCAUAAUAUUUGGAAGGUUUUUGAUGAUAGAAAAAUUGAAACAAAAGAACCUUCAAAAAUGGUACUUAAGUCAGAACCAGAGGCCAAGCUUUCAUGAGCUCCGCAGCUGUUUGUGGCCAGUGGCUUCACCUGAGUGUCACCCAGUUCCUUGGGACCUGCUGGUGCUGAGCCUUUCCUCAGUUUGCAGAUGGCUACAGGGAUGGUAAUAGGCUCCACCAGAGGGAGCUCUGAUAGAAGGAAUUGUUCCUGCCAUCUCAGUCUCAGUCUCUCCUAUCACCUGGCUGUCAUUUUAUCUCACCAGCAGACCAGGAGACUGGUCCUUAGUCCACUGCACUACAGGGCAAUUUCCUGCCACAGUCGGGAAGGAAAUUUCUGACCUAAAUGGAAGAGACAUCCCUGUGGUGUUUAAUGACACGUCAUUUCCCUUGACAGGUUACCACAGACCAGUGGUCACUGGAGAGCCUCAUCGUAGGCUUGGUACCCUCUCUGAGGGCCUUCAGCGCCCUUGUCAAGUAUCUGUUAGGCUUCUUGGCCACAGGGAUGAGGAAAUAGACUGAGGGUCCAUGGGUAGAAAAACACAAGGAGGCAGUAGGAGGUGGGGAAGAAAAGAAAGCAUGCUUUCAUGACUGGAAAUGGGCAGAGGGGAGAGACUGGUUUCCCUGCAUCAGGCAGAAGAAGGCGUAGGUGGGGAAGGGACCUGCGAGGAUGCAUAAGGGAGUCAGAACACAGUGGCAAUACCACUUGGAGAGUUAGUCUUCAUACCCUCAGGCCUUCCCCCUAGGACUUUGACCGUGUCUAGGCCCUGUUUCUUUUCCUCUCUGCAGAUGCUCAGUCAGGGCUACCUCAUCUUCAUGCCGCUUCUUGUGGGACUUUCUGGGCAGAAAGGAUCUUGAGUUUCCUUUCUCACAUGGGGCUAGGCAAGGUAGGGAGCAUUUCUUUUCUCUUUCUCUUGUGCCAACCUGGAAAGGCACAGUCUUGGUUUCAGCAAGAACCAUGCCAGCCGAGCCCUGUGUGUCCACUAUUUUGGCACUGGGUGUCUUCCCACCAGAAGCCCUGCUGUGCCCCCUGCCCGAGCAGGGGAUCCCAUGCCUUUCCUUUCACGGUCUUGCCACCAGCAGCCUCUCCCUUCCUGAGUCUCCAGGGAUGACAGAUGGGAUUGGAGACAAACCUUGUCAGCUGCUCAUCCCUCAAGAGGUUCACUGUGUCUGUGUGGUUGUGUGUGCCUUUGUGUCUCCAUUCUCCUCCCCUUUCUGUAAAAUAUGGAUUUCUCUGUGGGUUUAUACUUUGUCAAAAGUACUCGUCCAGGUACUGCACUGUCGCGUGCGUGGGAGGACUGAGGGAAGGCCCAUGUGGUACAGGAAGAGUCCCGCUCCCUUUCCUUUUCUGUGGUCACAGGCAUUUUAGUGUGCGUGUAGGGGGGUGUUCUGGGAGGGGACAGGUGAACGUCCUAAUGUAAAUUGUCUGUAGCUGACGUGUUUUGAAGUCCUUGGUGUUGCUCUGUGAGAGGACAUCGCCACCUGGUGCUCAUGAGGUGUAUGUGCAGAACAAUAAAUGGCAAAUGAACAACCACAAA